AAUCUUUGGUGGUUAUUGGUUAAGCUUAGUACAUACUACAUUUUUAAAUGUUUCUGAAAUAAGUUUGCAAUUUUAAUAAAUGUAAUUAAUGUUUCGUCACAUACAGCUUCGUAAUGGCACUCAAUGUUUUUAAAAGUUUUAUACAGCGUAAUAAUUUCAUUAAAUUAGCCUUUAAGGAUAUUAAAAAAGCUUCUCAAGUUAAAGCAUAUUCACAUGUAACCAGUGUUGGUAAUAGAGUUAAGGCGAAUGGUAUAGUUUUACGACAUAACGUGUCCGUCUCGCAAUUUCCGAGUUAUUUAGUUCGGAAUCAAUUUUACUCUACACAAACUGCGGAAGAAAUUCAGAGGCAAUACUGUAAUGAAAACAAUAUAACUAUAAUCGGAGAUGAUGUACCCAAUGCGGUAACAGAUAUAGAUUCCAGUGAUUUCCCAGAUUACAUAAAAGAUUUUUUGAAACAACAAGGAAUUACAAAGCCCACACUAAUUCAAGCUCAAAGUUGGCCCACUGCGAUAUCUGGUAAAAAUUUUGUGGGUAUUGCUCAGACAGGUACCGGAAAAACACUGGCAUAUUUACUGCCCGCAGUUAUUAAAAUAAAAGAAAACAAAGGCAGAAAAGGUAGAGGUCCAAGAAUAUUAGUUUUAGCACCUACUAGAGAAUUAGCACGACAGAUUGAAGUGGUGGCCAAGGAGUUUCAAAAAUUAUUGAACAUAAGAUGUUUAUGUAUAUAUGGUGGAGUCAGUAGAAGACCACAGGCUGAUGAGUUAACAGCAGGUGUUGAUAUAUUAAUAGCUACACCUGGUAGAUUGAAUGAUUUUAUCACCAGCAAGGUCACAACUCUUAGCCGUUGUACAUAUGUUGUGCUUGAUGAAGCUGAUAGAAUGUUAGAUAUGGGGUUUGAACCUCAGAUCCGAGAAGCAUUAGAGGAAGUGCCAUAUGACAGACAAAUACUAAUGUUUUCUGCUACAUGGCCUAAGGAAGUACAGCAUUUAGCAAAGGACUACCUUGGAGAGUUUGUGCAAGUCAAUGUUGGUUCAACUGAGUUAUCAGCAAAUCACAAUAUUCAACAGCAUAUUCAUGUGUGUGAGCAAGAAGAAAAGAUGGAAAAGUUUAAAUCACUCAUGCAUGAUGUGUCUGGUCAAGGGUUUGGUAAAAUACUCGUAUUUACCAAUACAAAGAAAUUUGUUGAUAGUCUAACUCUAAUGUUAAGAAGAAAUGGUUGGCCUGCUGUGGGAAUACAUGGAGACAAGACACAGGCACAAAGAGAUAUUAUAAUAGACAAAUUCAGAAGUGGUAAAGCAAAUAUACUUGUCGCUACUGAUGUAGCAGCCAGAGGUUUAGAUGUCGAUGGCGUGACACAUGUGAUCAAUUACGACUUUCCAAAUACGUCUGAAGAUUACAUCCAUAGGAUUGGGCGAACAGGUCGCUUGCAGAAUACGGGCAUUGCUCAUACAAUCCUCACCAGUGAAAAUGCAAGACAGGCUAAAAGUUUGAUAGCAGUUUUAAAAGAAGCAAAUCAGGAAGUUCCAGAGGAAUUGUACCAAUUAGCCAGAGAGAAUAUAAAAGUUAAACAACAACAAUCAAGAUAUACACAAAAUAAGUACAACUACAACUACAAUUCGAAUAGGAAAUGGAAUAAAUUUCGUAGCGAAAAAAUGUAUUAAAUGUUUAGUUUAAAAUUGCUAAGGGUAUAUUUUAAAGAAAGUACAUAAUACAAGUAGCAAUAUAAUGUACCUCAUGAUAGCAGUAAAGUUGUAGAACAAA